AUGGCAGCUCGCAACUUUGGCCAAGUAUUAGAAAAUCUCAGUUUUUAUCAAAACAAAGAGCAAAAAUCUUGGCUUGGCAAGAUAAAAGAAUACUGAAAGCCUGAAACUCAGCCAAGCAAAGAAGAGAAGAGUUUUUUAGGAAGCAUUGCAAGCAGCAUUAAGAAAAAGGGAACAGACAGCAUGAGUAUUAUCAACAACGCCACACAAAGAACUGCUCGAUUAAAAUAUUUUUUUAUUUUUAUCGCCCUUUCCAUUGGACUUUUCGUUGGAUCUUUUACAUUUCUUCCAAUGGUUUUACUUUUCCCUCAGAAAUUUGCAUUGCUUUUUAGCUUGGCUUCUCUGACUAUGCAGAUCGCUUUGAGCUAUUUAAAGCCUACAGUGUGGGAUUACAUUAAAGCUUUAUUCUCAAGCAAGGAAAACCUCGUAGUGUCAUUUGUCUAUUUCUUUUCUAUUUUUUGGACGAUUUAUGCUGCUGCAAUACUUGGAAGCUAUAUAAUGGUGUGUAUUUCAGCGAUUAUACAAAUGUUUGCAAUUGGCUGGUACAUUUUUAGUAUGUUUCCUGGGGGUUAUUCUGGAUUUUUGAAUCUUUUGAAAUAUGGAUGCAAACUUUGUCCUUGCUUUUCUGGAGAUUCAUUAUUGCCGCUAUAA